AUGCCUACCAUAGGUGUCGACAAGUAUAAGCUCUUCGAAGCCCUCGGCAAGAAGUUCACCACCGAAGAGUUCGACGAUCUCUGCUUCGACUAUGGCAUCGAACUCGAUGAGGACACCGAGAACCAAGAACGACCCGUCGUCAAUGGCGUACAGGAACCGCCUCAGCUCAAAAUCGAGAUCCCCGCCAAUCGAUAUGACAUGCUCUGCUUCGAGGGCAUUGCCCUCAACCUCAAUGUCUUUCUGGGCCGGAUACCACCGCCGAAGUACAGAAUCGUGGAGCCGAAGAGUGCGGACGAACCAACUAUCGUGGUGAAGCCAGAGACAGCUCAGGUUCGACCGUUGGUCGCAGGUGCCGUGCUGCGCGGCAUCAAGUUCGACCAGGAUCGCUACAACUCCUUCAUUGCCCUGCAAGACAAGCUCCACGCGAACCUGGCCCGCAACCGAACCCUGGUCUCUAUCGGAACACACGACCUGGAUACCGUCAAGGGCCCAUUCACCUACGAGGCACAGCCCCCAAGAGAUAUCAGCUUCCGACCCUUGAACCAGGAGAAGGAGAUGAACGCUGAGGAGCUCAUGAGCUACUACGAGAACGACAAGCAUCUUGGUCGCUUCCUUCACAUCAUUCGCGACGCUCCUGUCUACCCCGUCAUCUAUGACGCGAACCGUGUCGUUUGCUCGCUGCCACCCAUCAUCAACGGCGACCACUCCAAAAUCACCCUCAACACCACAAACAUCUUCAUUGAGAUUACCGCUACCGACCUCACCAAGCUCCAGAUUGUCACCGACAUGAUGGUCACAAUGUUUUCAGAGUAUUGCACUGAGCAGUUCACAGUGGAGCCCGUCAAGAUUGUCUCUGAACACAACAACCUUACUCGCGUGACCCCUUCCCUCAAGCCUCGGGUGGCGCAAGCUGAGGUUGAUUACAUGAACAGCUGCACAGGACUUGGCGAAUCUCCCGAGGGGCUUUGCAAGCUUCUCAGCAAGAUGGCUUACCAUGCCAAGCCCUCGACUAGCGACAAGAACCUCCUCGACGUGGAAGUGCCUAUCACUCGCCCGGAUGUGCUUCACCAGUGCGACAUCAUGGAAGAUCUAGCCGUCUGCUACGGCUUCAACAAUCUUCCCCGCACCGCACCCAGUCGCAGUGCCACUGUCGGUGGUCCCCUCAUGGUGAACAAGCUUAGCGAUAUCGUCCGCAUUGAGGCUGCUAUGGCAGGCUGGAGCGAAGUGAUGCCCCUCAUCUUGUGUAGCCACGAGGAGAACUUUGAGUGGCUGAACCGGAAAGAUGAUGGCACAAAGGUGAUCCGCCUCGCCAACCCCAAAACCCUCGAGUACCAGGUUGUCCGCACCUCGCUCCUCCCAGGUCUUCUCAAGACCAUCCGCGAGAAUAAAGGCCACAGCGUGCCCAUCAAGAUCUUCGAGGUCUCUGACGUCGGCUUCAAGGAUGAGUCACUCGAGCGCAAAGCGCACAACGAGCGCCACUUUGCCGCUGCCUGGUGUGGGAGGAACAGUGGUUUCGAGGUGGUCCAUGGCUUGUUGGAUCGCGUGUUGUCAAUGCUGCGCACCGCGUUCUUGACAAACGAAGAGGGACUGCAUGGAAAGAGCAUAGACUACGAGGUCAGGGAGAAUCCCGGCAAACCCGACGGCUACUGGAUUGAAGAGUUGAACGAAGACACCUUCUUCGCAGGCCAUGCCGCUUCGGUUUAUCUGCGGUUGGGCGGCAAGGAGCGUCGUAUCGGUGAAUUCGGUAUCUUGCAUCCUUCAGUGCUGGAAAAGUUUGAGAUAAGAUACCCCGUCAGCACGCUCGAGAUAAACCUAGAGGUUUUCCUAUGA